CAGCACGUCUCUUCCUUGUUGAUGAGGACGGGUGAGGCUCGGUCGGUCUCGGGAAAAGGUAGAAUUAAUAGCCUAUUUAAGAUUUCUUGAUAAUCUUAUCGACCCUGUUCUAAAUCCACACAUGGUCGUUCAUACAAGCAUUUAACCAGCUAGCAUAAGUACAUAACUAUCAAGCUAGAGCAAUUAUUCAUUCAUUCUCAGUCAAAAGCUAGACGUGGCAUCUGAGCUGCUGCUGUCUGAGCUGCAACUCAGCACGUUUGAUAGCCAGCUAGCCAGCGUCUAUUGUCUAGAAGUAUUGUCUUAUAAUCAUCUAUUUAGAUAGCUAGAUUGCUGUUGCAACAUUGUUUCAGAUAAAUGGAGCAUCAGUUUGCUAACCAGCAAAAGUGGAAAGCUAUCUACUGUAGCUAGCGUGCUAACUUCUGCACUUGCGGCAGUGCUAGCUAGCUAUGCCACAUUCUGCACGGAUACGACUUGUUAUUGGGUCAUUUUCCAAACAAAGAAGAUGAUAGCUUCCUCUUCUACAUUAUGAAUUAGUCGCCUUCAUGGUGAACAGAGUGGUUUUUCAAUAGUUUUCUUGCUAGUUGUUUGCUACGGUGAAUUUAAUGCCGAUGGAAAUGGCAUCUUUAAAGGCAAAGGUUGGACUAAAUAAUGAAAGCAACUCCAAAGAGAGUGCAAGGACCAGCGCGAGCAGUCCCAUAUUAAUAGCAGGAGCAGCAUCACUGUCAUUGAACAACAGGACAUACACUCUCGAUGACCUGGACACCAUAGCCACAGUUGGCACGGGCACGUUUGGUCGAGUGUUCCUCGUGAAGGACAAGAAGAGCAGGGCGUUUUACGCCCUCAAGCAGAUGAAGAUCCCCGACGUGAUCCGCCUGAAGCAGGAACAGCACGUCCACAACGAGAAGGAGGUCCUGACCGAGGUCAACCACCCCUUCCUCAUCAGGCUGUUCUGGACCCACCACGAUGAGCGUUUCCUCUACAUGCUGAUGGACUACGUGCCUGGCGGCGAGCUGUUCAGCUACCUCCGGAGCCGGGGGCGCUUCAGCAACGCGGCCGGCAUGUUCUACACGAGCGAGAUCGUCUGCGCCAUCGAAUACCUCCACUCCAAGGAGAUCGUCUACCGGGACCUGAAGCCGGAGAACAUCCUGCUGGACGGAGAGGGACACAUCCGCCUGACGGACUUCGGCUUCGCCAAGAAACUGUCGGACAGGACAUGGACCCUAUGUGGCACCCCGGAGUACCUGGCCCCUGAAGUCAUCCAGAGCAAAGGUCACGGCCGGGCAGUCGACUGGUGGGCCCUGGGAAUCCUCAUCUUUGAAAUGCUGGCUGGUUACCCGCCAUUUUUUGACGACAAUCCCUUUGGCAUCUACCAGAAAAUCCUGUCGGGGAAGCUGGAGUUCCCUCGGCAUCUGGAUUUCUACGUCAAGGACCUCAUCAAGAAGUUCCUCGUCAUCGACAAGGCCAGACGGCUAGGCAAUAUGAAGAAUGGAGCAGAUGAUGUGAAGAAACACAGGUGGUUCAAAACUGUCGACUGGGAGGCCGUGCCCCUGAGAAAACUCAAGCCUCCUGUAGUUCCCAAGGUAACCCACGACGGUGACACGUCCAACUUUGAUGCCUACCCAGAGGAGGAAUGGAAGAAAGACGCACCUGUGCCUGAGAAGGAUUUAGAGAUCUUCAAGAACUUCUAAUUUGCACUGGACUUGAGGUGUGAGAUAUCUACCAGAGAGGGGCUAUGGAGCAGUUGUCCCAGAACCUGAUGCUGGAGAAAAAGGCUUACCUGAAAAGAACUUCAAACACCUGAUGCAUUGAAUACGAAAUAUCGAUAGCAUCAAAUGUAGCGAGAACUGUCGCCUUGUGAUUACCCGUUUUUAUUUCUCUUGAACAGAAACCUCAGUUGGGAUUUCUGUUGUUUCUCUGAGCCUUCUUAGAUUAUGCAAAAAAGUUACGACAAAAAUGGUCCCUUUUCAACCAAAGGAUACUGUUACCGAAGAUUAUGUUUAAAAUAUAAACAAUCAGGGUUUUUUUCUUUUUACAGCAUUAUGGUUACUAAAUUCUGUUGGGUUAAAACUGUUGUGUUUAGAACUUUUGCAACUCAACGCUGCGUGCAAUCCAAAAAGGAUAACUUAAUCAAUAUUUAAAAUGUACAUAGAUGUCAUUACGGGAUUAUAUCCUGCAAGGUAGCUUGCCAGAUUCUACAGGAUGUGUUAAUGGGCGUGACAAACUUUGUAACUGUUGACUGGCCGGUCUUCUCACCUAUCAACUACCUAUGUCUGACCAGGCCAGAAGCACUUGUGAAAAGGUGCCUUACAAUAAGGUUUGACGAACAUGACGCGUCUUUUACUUCGACGUGAAAUCUGGCAGCUCUUUUGUCAGCUAUUUAUGAUGAACUCACUGCAUCUACUGUAUGUACUGUAGAGGUGUGGCAUUGAACAUUUGACUGUUAGUGUAUGUAGAGUUAGUUAGUGUAGAGAGCAGGAGCCUGCAGUAAUUUUCCUGCAGCCUCCUCAUUGUCUUCCCUCCUGUUAUCAUAAUAGCACACUGUCCACUAGCCCUGAGGGGAACCUGUAUAUGCAUUAGUAGGUCACUCAUUGUAGGUCGUGUCCAUGUAGUAUAAAAGUUGUGAAUACAGAUGUUAAACUGUUUUUUUGUACACCCUCAGUAGGUGUCUGUAGUCUCAGACCAGUGUUUAGGAAGUCACUUCCGAACAGCAAACUCCCAAAGUCUUUGUUAGUUUUCCUCUCUGUUGAACAGGACAUAUCUUAUUGCAAGAUACAAAUGCUAUAACGAUAGCUAUUGUCCCCCCUUGUUCUAACAAUACUUGUAACUUCAACUUUAUAGUAGUUCAUUUUAGGGGAAGUAUUUCCCAGAGAACACUACUCCUUUACAAUGCCUUGACAAGCCUGAUGUUUUUGGUGUUUUAUAGGUUCUGAAGGAAAGGAAAAAGUGGAACAUUCAGUCUCUCGAUUGUUUGUCCAGUCAAUUGGUGUAAUUUUGCACAAUGUGUGUAUUGUUUGUUAUUUUUUAUCACUUUAGUUCUGUGUGGUUCUCCAAGGAAUUUACUUUAUAAUUCUCAGCCUUUGCCUUUGCCCUGGCCUUUUUAUAUUUUCUAAUGGAUUUUUUUGGUUGCAUUGGUAUAAUCCUAUAAAGUUUUGUACUGGUCAAGAAUGCCUUUACAUACCCCCUACUGAUUAUUAACUUAACUCUGGAACUUGCAACAACAACAAAAAUGUCAGAAUGUAUUGCUACUCUUUCAACAUUUUGAGGUACAGAUAGAAGAGGCACACAACCUGAAAUAAACACAUCUUUUCAGCUGA